AUCAGCAGCCGUGCAAUUGUUAGUCACGGCGCGGUAUGGACGGCUUGGAUUCAUUGUGCAGUCCAUCUGCCCACCUUUUGUAACGAGCAUUCAAGAUUUGUUGAACGAAUGGGCGAGGGUAAUCUGCUUGGUGAGGAUCCCUCGUGGUUGGCAAUAUAUUUUGCUUUCAUAGCAGUAGAUGGUCUAUCGCGCCUUGUCAGGAAUUGGUACGAUGCCUCAAUAUUCUUUCUUUACAAAGCAGACUUCAUCCGAAGACAUGACAUGCGAUCACUCCAGGCGAUCGCCAUUUUACUAGCACUGGUCAAGCAGAUGAGAGACUUCGAUCUCGAAACAUCGUUCCUCGCCAUAGGACUUCGUACAGCGCAACGCCUCGGCAUGGACAAAGAACCUCCUGCCGUCUCCGAGGAUCCUGUUCAGCAAGAACUGAGUCGUAGAGUCUGGUGGACAUUGGUCAUCUGCGAAUGGCUGCAGCGACCAUCACGACCGACAUGUAUCCAAGAAGCNUAUCUUCCGACACUCAGGGAUGAUGAUCGCUUAGACUGGCAGAACUCAUCGGGCCUCAACGAUGCACGUCCUCAUCCAAUUCAAUAUCAUAAUGCGAUGAUACGACUGGCCUAUGAAUACCAUCGCUUCGCGUCUCGACUGCCGGGAGUGUCUGGUGACGCAUCAGCUCUGGAAGAUUACGUCUUGCAAGCAGACGAGUCUCUGGCCAAGAUCAUCGACGAACUUCCGCCCCACCUCACAAUGUUGGGACAUACUGAUGAUCAUCAAGUGGUACAGCAUGUACCGUGGGUAACAUGGCAGAGAGAAACCUUUAUACUGGCGCUUCUGUUCUAUCGUCUGACCGUCAACCGCGUCCUCCAGCAUCAAUGGCUUGAUUGCGAGAUAUCUUCGAGUAGAGCAGGGGCAGUCUGUCUAAGUUCAGCCAAGGCUCUGAUAACAUUGGUCGACAGAGACAGCACUUCCAUUAUAAUGCGUCGAUGCUGG